CCGAGUGUCGCGCGUCGGCGCCGCUGCCCAGCCCGCUCUGCGCCCUACGGCCCUCCCGGCACCCGCCGCCGCCGUCCCGCUCCGCUCCGGGCCGCCCUUGCUCCGAGGGCUGCCGCACCGGCCGUCCCCGCUCAGCCCUCUUGUCUGGCCGCCGGGCCGCGGCGGGCGGGAGCAGCUGGAGGAGGAGCCGCCGCAGCCAGGAGGCGGCGGCCCGAGCCCAUGGCGUACAGUCAAGGAGGCGGCAAGAAGAAAGUGUGCUACUACUAUGACGGUGAUAUUGGAAAUUAUUAUUAUGGCCAGGGUCAUCCCAUGAAGCCUCAUAGAAUCCGGAUGACUCAUAACUUGCUGCUAAAUUAUGGUUUAUACCGAAAAAUGGAAAUAUAUAGGCCUCAUAAAGCCACUGCUGAAGAAAUGACAAAAUACCACAGUGAUGAGUACAUCAAGUUUCUACGAUCAAUAAGGCCAGACAACAUGUCUGAGUACAGUAAGCAGAUGCAGAGAUUUAACGUGGGAGAAGAUUGUCCCGUGUUUGAUGGACUCUUUGAGUUUUGUCAGCUGUCCACUGGUGGCUCAGUUGCUGGGGCUGUGAAGUUAAACCGGCAACAAACUGAUAUGGCUGUCAACUGGGCUGGAGGAUUACAUCAUGCCAAGAAGUCAGAAGCGUCAGGUUUCUGCUAUGUUAAUGAUAUUGUGCUUGCCAUCCUUGAAUUACUGAAGUAUCAUCAGAGAGUCUUAUACAUUGACAUAGACAUCCACCAUGGUGAUGGUGUUGAGGAAGCUUUUUAUACAACAGAUCGUGUGAUGACCGUCUCAUUCCAUAAAUACGGGGAGUACUUUCCUGGAACAGGAGACUUGAGGGAUAUUGGUGCUGGAAAGGGAAAAUACUAUGCUGUCAACUUUCCCAUGAGAGAUGGUAUAGAUGAUGAAUCAUAUGGACAGAUCUUUAAGCCGAUCAUCUCAAAAGUGAUGGAGAUGUACCAGCCUAGUGCUGUGGUGCUGCAGUGCGGCGCAGACUCCCUGUCUGGGGACAGGCUCGGUUGUUUCAACCUAACUGUCAAAGGUCAUGCUAAAUGUGUAGAAGUAGUGAAAACUUUUAACUUGCCAUUACUGAUGCUCGGUGGAGGAGGGUACACAAUCCGGAAUGUUGCUCGAUGUUGGACAUAUGAGACUGCAGUUGCCCUUGAUUGUGAAAUUCCCAAUGAGUUGCCAUAUAAUGAUUACUUUGAGUAUUUUGGACCAGACUUCAAACUGCAUAUUAGUCCUUCAAACAUGACAAACCAGAACACUCCAGAAUAUAUGGAAAAGAUAAAACAGCGUUUAUUUGAAAAUCUACGUAUGUUACCACAUGCACCUGGUGUACAAAUGCAAGCUAUUCCAGAGGAUGCUGUUCAUGAAGACAGUGGAGAUGAGGAUGGAGAAGACCCAGACAAAAGAAUUUCUAUCCGAGCAUCAGACAAACGGAUAGCUUGCGAUGAAGAGUUUUCAGACUCUGAGGAUGAAGGUGAAGGAGGUCGUAGGAAUGUUGCUGAUCAUAAGAAGGGAGCAAAGAAGGCUCGGAUUGAAGAAGACAAGAAGGAGACAGAGGACAAGAAGACAGAUGUUAGAGAAGAAGACAAAUCCAAGGACAGCGGUGGUGAGAAAACAGACACCAAAGGAGCCAAAUCAGAACAACUCAGCAACCCCUGAAUUUGACUCUCCAACUUUAGGAACCUCGAAAAGUGAGACGAUUCGGGGAUAAGAAACCUUCCCUGUUUGAGGACAUUGGCUUCAUUUUAUACUGUUUUGGCAUGGACUGUAUUUAUUUUCAAAAUGGCUUGUUUUUGUUUUUCUUGGCAAGUUUUAUUGUGAGUUUUUCUAAUUAUGAAGCAAAUUUUUUUCCCACCAUGCUUUAUGUGAUCUUAUUUAAAUUGAUGUGUUAUGUCAAAAACCGGAUCUAUUAAAGAAACAAUUGGCCUUUCUGAGCUGAUUUUUCCAUCUUUUGUAAUUAUCUUUAUUAAAAAAUUAUA